AUGUUGCUCCAGAAGACCGGUUUGCGCAUCAAAAAAUUUAUUUGCCAGAAGGACCGCAUGGAAAAGCCAAGAAGCGACUUCGAUAAUGAUGAUUUCACAGACAAUGGGUUGUCGCCAAACACUACGCAGAGACUGUCCUGGCUCUCACAAACCUCCUCUGCAGAGACUCCUUUAGAAGUUAGAAGAGCCAGCAGCAAUAUCACCACUCGAAGUAACCACUUUACACCGUCAAGUAAGACCGCCCACUCUUCGGCCAGUUCUUUGUGCAGUUGCGACUGUGAGGCAAAUCCGGCCUCGAUCGAACACUCUUUGUUCGGUGUUGACCCAUUACCACCUCAUCCCGAGAUUCUUUAUCUCCCACCAUUACCCUCAGGACAUACGACGGGAGAUGCGAAAACAUGGAGUCUAAUAUUCCAAGAGCCGUCGAGGCGACCACUCACUAAAAGUGAGCUGAGAUUCGGUCGCAGAACAACUUCGGCUGCAAAAUUCGGCCCUGGAUCACCGUUCGACGUUAGUGGAGUGCUGUCGGCUGACCUGCUGGAUGAUGACAAGACCCCGACACAGAGCCUCAGAUAUACAGGAUCAGACAUGGAGAAUCCGCCGGAGAGUGUGGCGGACAGUGUUGAGCAGUUGAUACGGGAGACAGACAUGGCGUUCCAAGCGGUCGGGACAGCUUUGGCUGAUGCCAGAGCUGCCACGGAAGAAUGGGACAAAACCGGCAGUCCUUUAGCCCCACGAUCUUCUUCAGUUGCUCGUGGACUAUCCAAGAGACAGCCGCGACCCGUUAUCUCUCCACUCAAGACGCCUGUGACGCGAGCCAUGUCGGUAUCCAGAGGGAAAAGAAGUCGCUUCAGCAGGAGGAAAGCAACUUUCUUUGGCAAGUCGAAUCCCAGAGGUCCAGCGUCAUCUCAAAAUACACCGGCGAGAUGGACGUUGACAGAUGCGACUACCAACAUGGCAGAUCUGUUUAGCGGUAAAAUGUUUCGGACUGAAGUGGACGAGAUGUUGACGCCUGGAAGAAUCCAGCAGCUGAAGGACAAACACGAGAGCGAGAGAAAGAUAUCCAUUGAAUCGGCACACAGUUAUGAAACGGACUCUAGCACUCCUACAGAGACAUUCCAUCUGCCCAGCAAGAAUACCGUCCUGUUCCAAGUUCAGUACUGCCACCACCUGCAGUACCACGAAGAGGCCCUCGCGUAUCUGUGCAGUUGCUUCCACCCAGCCGAAUGGUCCCAGCCGUCCUCUCCGGCUCUUACACCACCAACACAUAUCAUCCUCCCCUCCACACACUACACCCUCACAUCCCCCCUCUUCCGCCACGGUCCUAUCCGUCUCGAGCGCCUGAUUCGCGACCGCAGAGCCUCCUGCCCAGAUGACGCAGCGGAAGCCCUCGACUGGACCGCCUUCCAGAUGGCCAUAUCCGGCACCAUGCAAGACGGCACGCACGACACGCGCGAUGACUCCGAAUGGGAAGCCGACGAAGCGGAAAUCGACGGCAUCGUGGACUGGUAUCGAGGUUUCGGCUUCCGGGGCUACGGCAGGAUUGAAACCGAAGCUGACGUGAGGGCGAGAGACGAGCUCGAGAUCAGGAGGAGCAGGUUCACGGUGAGGAGGAGAGGAGGUCGGGAGAGGAGGAGUCUUGGGGGCUCGUCGUCGUCGUGGUCGCCGUCACAACUCACGACGGGGAGAAGUUGGGAGGGGCCACUACUUCCUCGGGCAGCAGCAGCAGCAGCAGCGGAUGAUGAUGACAGGAUGGAACGCCGAACCCAAUAUCGACGAUAUCGACACCAUUCCGCCCGUAGCCCCUCCGCAGUAUAG